UCUUUCAUUAACUCGGACCAUCCCAUUAACUCCGCUCUCAAAUCUCUAGCAGAACCCUUAAACCUUAUCCCAUCCCGAGAGAGAGAGCCAUGUCUGCCUCCGCUUCUUCCGUUUCCCUCUCUUCCUUCAAUCCCAAAUCCCUUCUUCCUCUCUGCGUUUCCCGCUCCGCCUCCGUCUUACCUCCUUCGCUCUCCUUCAAACUCCACUCCCUCUCUCUCUUCGCUUCCUCCUCCUCACCCGCCCAGUACCCAUCUCUCUUCGUCAGACACGUCGCCGUAUCCUCUGAUUUCGAGGUGGAGGAAGACGACAUGUUCGCUGACGACGAUUCUCCGCCGCCGCAGGAGCGCAGCUCCUUCUCUGCUGACCUCAAACUCUUCGUCGGUAACCUUUCCUUCGAUGUCGAUAGCGCCCAGCUCGCUCAAUUGUUUGAGAGCGCCGGUAACGUUGAGAUGGUUGAGGUUAUCUAUGACAAAGUGACUGGCCGAAGCAGAGGUUUUGGGUUUGUGACUAUGUCCUCUGCAGCUGAAGCUGAGGCUGCAGCUCAACAGUUUAAUGGCUAUGAAUUUGAAGGUAGACCCUUGAGGGUUAACGCUGGCCCUCCUCCACCUAAGAGGGAGGAAUCAUUCUCCAGAGGACCGAGGAGUGGUGGUUACGGUUCUGAACGUUCCGGUUACGGGUCUCAACGUUCAGGACGUUCUGGUUACGGUUCUGAGCGUUCUAGCUACGGUUCUGGGUCGGGCUCGGGAUCAUCAGACCGUGUUUAUGUGGGUAACCUUUCGUGGGGUGUGGAUGACAUGGCUCUUGAGAGCUUGUUUAGUGAGCAAGGAAAGGUUGUCGAGGCCAGGGUCAUUUACGACAGGGAUACUGGUCGAUCCAAGGGUUUUGGGUUUGUCACACUCGGCUCUCCUCAAGAGGUCACAAGAGCCAUCAGUUCUUUGAAUGGAGCUGAUUUGGAUGGAAGACAGAUUAGAGUUUCGGAGGCGGAGGCUAGACCACCCAGGCGCCAAUUUUGAGUGACCACGCAACUUCAUGUUCAGGAAUCUAGAGGUUUAGCUCAUCUUGACUGGCGACAAGCUAUUUAUGUUUUGGGCUUUUGUUUCUUUAUUUUACUUUAAUUCGUUUUGCGCUUUGAAUGUUUUGCGUUUAUCUUUGUAGACUAGGAGUUUGGACUUUGUUUUCUUUUUAUAUACUAGUACUCCCUUUCUUUCUU